AUGCAUUUCUCGUCACCUCUCGCUCUAGUUGCUGCUGCCUUUGCCCUUGGUGUAAUGGCAGUCGGAGAAACCUCAUCAGGACAAGGUGGCGCUGAUCCUAAUGCUGCUACCACCGAUCCGACUACACCACAAGCAGGGAAAGAAGAACCUAAGCUUGAUACUAAGGCUAAAGCAUUAUGCGACAAGCAUUGCCCCGACCUAGGACUUCAGGAUAUGAGAGACGCUUGUAUGAAGCAAUGUAUAGCUUUUUAUGAUCCUCUAUUCCGCCAGUUAGCCUAA